AGUGAAGAUUUCCCAGCAGGUUUUGGGCAGGUCUCCUGUUUGAAUCUAGAACACAGUCAGCAGACAUCCCUUUAAUUCCCUCUGUCGUCUGCCCUCUCUCCCCAUGUUUCCCUUUCCCUAAGUCAUGGAGCGCUUGUUUAAUACUGUUGUUGUUGACGCCUUCUUCACAACAACACUCAAAUUCUAGCUCAAAAAGUUUCUUUAGCAAUAGCCCUCACAGCUGGGAAAACCAAGUGCUCACUCACCACUGUUCCUUUCCCCCUUGGGAUGGUUUCUCAGCCAACUUCUUCUCUAAGUGAUGCCACCUUGGGGGCAGGGUGAUGCUCAGAAAGUUCCUCUUGCCCCCCUUCAGUGGAGGUUGUUGUUGUUUGUUUGUUUGUUUGUUUCCAUGGAGUUCUUGAACUUCUUUAGAAACCUGAAUUCCUAGAAAUUAUCCAAAUGUAUCUGUGCAAGUCAGCAUUUUCUAGAGGUCGAAGCAAGUUCACAGGCUCCUGCUGAUUCUGCAAUUGUAUUGGGGUGUGUCUGCCUGUUACCCAAUGCAGAAGUGAGUGAGAUUCCUCCUGCGUACCUUGGUGUGUGGUGCUGGAUGCCACAGCUCCCGGAGAGGCAGUUUUCAUCAUGGAGAGAUGACAAAUUUUAGAAGUUAAAGGCAGUGACCGCGGAUGUCUUAUGCCAUCACAACAUCACUCCGUAAUUCUUCUUGGCUUUUGCAUUUCUGAGAAAUCAGUCCUGUUCCGGGAACAAGCUGAAAGGAGCCUGAACAUGACUUCGUUGGAGGCUUUGAAAUUCUUACAGACAGGUCAUACCUGCAGAGAAAGCAUGUCUGAAGGGCAAUCUGGGGAGGAUCUCCAAAGAAAAUGUCUAUCCAUUACAUCUCUAACUUUUCUCAAGCUUGCUUGUUUCAUCAUCCCUAUGGCAGUCUUAGCUGCAGCUGUGAUUGUACUUUCCACUUUUUUGGCAGUGAGAGGGGCAGAUCGGCAAGAGUACGUUCGGUAUGUUACCUGCCCAAAAGGAUGGAUUGGAUUUGGAAGUAAGUGUUUUUAUUUUUCUGAAGACGCAAAGAACUGGACAGUCAGCCAGAUGUUCUGUGUCUCAUUAGAAGCUCAUCUGGCUCAGUUUGAAACCGAAGAGGAGCUGAAGUUCCUGAAAAGAUACAAAGGCCCAUCUGACCAUUGGAUUGGCCUUAGCAGAGAGUCACCACGUCACGUUUGGAAGUGGACGGACAACACCGAAUAUAAUGCCUCGUUUGUCAUCAGAGGAGUUGGAGAAUGUGCCUACCUGAAUGACAUUGGAGUUAGUAGUGCCAGGACCUACACAGAUAGGAAUUGGAUUUGUAGACUUCCUAUUAAGAUAAAAAGGCCCCUCUGACCACUGGGUUGGCCUGAGCAGAAAACAAGGACAACCUUGGAGAUGGAUAAAUGGCACUGCAUGCACCAGAUGGUAAGUUUUGAAAAAUGUGGCAGCAAUAUUUGUGUUUGAAUUUACUUUGCAUGAAACUGAAAGUAUUCUCUAGUAACAUGCUCUAAAAAUUCUUAAUUUAAGAUUAGUCAUUAAAGGAAGAAAGUGCCAAUUUGUAAGCUGCAAAGGCCACUCAUAGGUGGCAUAGUUGAAAGCCUACAAACUUGAUUCUGGCCUCAUCUAUGUUAUUUACCAAAUCUUUCUACUUGAACAAACCACACAACAUCUUUAAGCCUGUUACUUAUCUCUAUAGCAAAAUCAAUUGUACUUGCACUACUGAUUUCACGGGGUGGUUGUGAGGAUCAGAGAUUUUGAUGUAUAUAUUAGCACACUUUAAUUUUAAAAUACUAAAUAAAUGUAAGU